AUCGCGACGAGUGACACGCUUAAAGAAAGUCGAUCGGCCCUCGUGAUUUCAAGGCGAACGAAUGGGGCACAAGCGUACUCGUGAACUUGGCGUCCACGGGACAUCCUACCGAACAUAUUUUCAACGUUUCUCUCUUGGAGAUAUUUACUGUAGCGAUCUCGACUACGAUCUCUCGUCGAUCUCGACUACGAUCUCGACUACGAUCUCUCGUCGAUCUCUCGUCAGUCGAAGAUUUUUCGGUCUCGGCCAGUGCAUCAGACAUUUCGACGGCCACGGGAUUCGGCGUCGAAAUCACGGUCCUCGGAAUCGGUUUCUGUGCCGUGCGACUCCAUUAUUAAGUUCGUCGAGGACCAUCCGACUACGCAUGUGCAUUUCAACCGUGCGUAAGCCUAAACACCGUGAAAUACACCCGCGACGGGCGUUUAUAAUUAAUCGUGAAUUAUCAAACGUACGGUGCCAUUUUGGUUCGAAUGGCACGCAAACAUUCAUACACCGACCGUUUUUAUUUCAAGUACACGGUGAACGACGGCUUCGUUGCAAGUCGAGUGAGUUGGAACUAUUUAACACGGUGUUUUUGAGAUUUUAGGAUCUUGAUUCUUAUCGCGUUCGAAGCUGAACGAUAAGAGCAGUGAGAAAUAUUUACGCAAACAAGUUUGGUUUGCCAAACUUGGGAAAUUCAAGUCACAGUGCCGUGUGUAUAUUUCCAGCCGAGGGUGAAAGAAACACGAAAAUGGCCAGCGGAAUACGGAUAUUUAAAAAUUCUUCCAGUUUCAACUUGCAAAUUGUUACAUAGAAUUGCCACCCUGUAUCAUGCGUUACGUUUUAAAUAUAUCUUGAGAAAUCUGUUUUGAAGUUGUGGUUUGCAACAACCAUGCUCUUUGGGGUACGGUGCGGUGGCUCGAAAUUGACCCGCUCUUGACUAGACAAUGCAAGUCCAUGCAUAAGUUAGUCAAAGAAUGGCGAUUACGCAGGUGCGUCGCAACAAUGCACAAGCGUGGAAUACGCGAGCCAUGUUCCUUUCGAUAUAUCGUCGAUUAUCGCCUCUAUUCCUCGAACGCUAUUCGCAGAGGAACUAUUUUCCCCCAAAAUGGUUAUUAAACAUAGUUUCAGCCUCGAAAUCAAGCGAAACUACGUGAAUCUACAUAAAUCUACACGAAUCUACUACACGGAACAGUGCUAGAAAUUGCAGUGUUAUGAAAUAGUGACGAGAAGUUGAAGAAGACCUCAAGGAUCGUUGGACCGAAACGUGAUACACGAUUCGCAGUGAAACGUUCUCGCAAGUGUACUCGCGCGCGCGCGUGUGUGUGUGUGUGUGUGUUAAUUACGAAAUUAUAUAAACUUCGAAGUUGUUAAGAUUUCCGCGACAAAUGGUGAACGAUAAACAACGAACAAGAUGGACGAGUACGACAAGAAGUUCGCCGAGAUGCAAAAGUACAUUCCCUUUUUGGAAGCGAUGAUAGAAAGGUUGCAAAAUGUGAAGGACAAGUCGCGGGAGGCUCAGCUGCAGAAAAUGCAAAGCCUUCACGGGAUUCUAUCGAACAGCAAGAGAAAGCUGAAGAUCGAGACCCUGCAGCGCUGCGAGGACGUUCUACAGAAGCUGCACAACAAAGUAGAAAAGUUUCAGGGAAAUACUCCUGGAUUGCAUUUUCCAAGCAAGAAGAACGAUGGGAGCUCUACCCAGUCUUCCACUGGAGCCGAGAACGCUGAGCAAAGCAGGCCGAAGGUCGCGCAAGGAGUCGACGAAGGCCUGAAGAGAAAGGUCCACGAGACGCCAGCCAGCCCAACGCCCCCCGUUAGUCCCGACUCUGGUUCCCAAGUGGCUCCGAUAAUAAUACCCACGGAGCGCAGCACCGACUUCGUGGACGACAGCAAGCCGGCCAGUCCCGACCCCGUCGACACUCUGCCUACGAAAGCUCCCAUCAUCAUACCCACGGAACGUACUACCAAUGACAUCACUCUGUCCCCGAGCUCGCAGCGCGACACCGGUAAAAGCAUCGAGGAUGUCUCGUUCACGGAAUGGGACAUGCUGGAGGAGAACGAGAACCAAGCACGGAACAAGAACUGGCAGUCCACCGACGUGAAAGCCGCGAUUAAAUUGGUCGGGAGUAACCUGCCCCAGAAGAUAAGCGAGCCUAGAGCUCUCGGUUCGAUGCACACCUCUCGACACAUACCGACCGUGUCGGUACCUUCCCUAGGAGGCUCCAGAAGGAUAACGACGAUGCUGGAGAAGGCUCGAAUGUUGACGAUGGACGCGCCACCUACAGACAGGAGGUCCGAGUCGCCAGCGAACGCGCCUGAUGCCAGGCUCAAGUCCCCGGACCCCGAGAUUCUGUUCUCCAAGCUGAAGAACACGUCCCCCAGGCUGAAGGAGUCCAUCCCAAGGUCCGCCACCAAACCCCCGGCGCCUCUGUUGCUCUCCCCUCCUUCCGUCUCGGAGCCACCUCUGUCUAUGGAGGACCUGGCGGAGCUGCUGAACGAGGACGAUGGCAAAACGGAGGGCGAGAAGUCCAAGGACGAGGCGAAGAAGGACAAGCAAGAUGCGAGCAAGGACCCGAAAGCUUCCAAGUCGACCGGUCUAGCGCAGAAGGACGCCGACAGCGAUAGUGAAAAACGCUGGGAGGAGAUAGAUAGACACAUAAUCAAACUAACGAGCAGGAAGGUUUUGUUACCCACCCCUCCUUCGCCCUUAGCACCUAAGACAGACACUUCGAAACCGAACGAAACCAAGGGACCACCCGUUAGCUUAAUCCACAACUCGAGCACGUUCCCCUUGAGCGUGGAGAAGCCGGUCGUUGAAAAUAGAAACCGACCACCCUCGCCGGGUUCCAAGACCCAGCCACGUUACGCGGAUAAUUACGAGAGACAUCCUCGUCAGCAACGCGACGGCCAUAGCCACGACAGCAUUAAAGAGAAAUGUAACCUGAUUCACUGUCGACCCUCCGACGAGGACAUGCUCCAUGGAGGUCCAGCCAUCGAUGAUAGAGCCUCCAUGAUGUACACAAGACGCCAGAACAACGUUCCUCCAGAGAUGUCGCCCAGGAUAGAGAGUCAGGAGUUCAGGAUGGAAGGCCCCGAGUACUUCAACAGGCAGAUGCCCAAUCAGGCCCCUCUCUGGCCUCCCAUGCACACUCCCGUGAACACCAACGAGUUCGCCCAAUGGCCACCGGCCCCAAAUUUCAGCGGGAUACCGAACACCACCCCUCAACCGUAUCAGCACCCCAUGGGCAUGCACCAAGAGAUGUGGAACGUGGCCCCCGCCAGAGAGCCGUUGCUCAUGGAUCCCCCUCAUCCGAUAAACGAACCGCUCAGACCCAACCAGUUCCCAGCCGCCAUGGCCGCAGGCAUCAGACCUCUGAUAAGCCCCACCGCGCGUCCCCAGGACCUGAACCACAUCCCCCGACCCGACGAGAUGCCAGUCAUCGACGGGCCCAGCCUGUCGACGAUACAGCCUCUGAUCUCACCCACCAGGUUCCCCGUCGGGCCGCAAUGUAGAAAUUUCCAAGGAGAGACCAGACCCUACGAGCAGUCGUUCGACAGGAGCUUGGAGUACUCUCACCAGAGGCAGUCCUGGGACCCCCAGGCUGCUGCUAGAGCGAACGAGGUGGCGUACAGGCCGGAGAACGAGGUCACCUGCGGGAUCAAAGGACCCACGGAUCCCGCAAGGUCGUUCUCGAGACCUAGCACUCCUUGUCCCUGGACCAGGGACAGAGGAGACAGGGGAGGGGCCAGGGGUCGAAGCGCGUACUACAACGAGAGGAACAGAACCGAAGCCAGGAGCGCUUUCAAUCGCGAUGCUCGUAGAAACGAUUGGCCAAGGGAGACCCACAAUGAGUGGGACAACUCCAAUCGCUUCAGUAGGGAUAAUAGGAAUAUAUCCGAUCGCGAUCCGCGUGUACGGGAACAUAAUGCUGCGAAUCAACCUAUUAACCCGCUGAAGGACCCCAGUCCCUCUGUCAGGGAUCCCCGUCUCGCCAGGGACAAGCACUUCUCUCCUAAAAGCAAGGAAACGUUCAGUGACAGGGACCCUAGGAAACGAUCCACUGGCUCCACGUUCUCGCAGACGUUCAGGAAGGCUAAGGAGAAGCCUAAAUCUCCUCCCAAGGUACCCGACAGCCACAAGCCUGAGAAUAUUAAACAACUGGAUAAGGCUCUUAAGGAGAAGAUGCAGUCGCCUUUGGAGAGCCUCUACGGCGUGAUCGAUACCAAGGCUAAGACCGCGCAAGGUUACAACCUGCAGAAGUUCAAGAUCCCCAAGAUCAAGCGCAACGAGUCCUCGGAAUCACCCACGUCCAGCCACUGUCCGGAGGAAUUUAAAACACCGGAGUGUACGGAUAAGGAGGGAGCCAAGAGCGGGAAGGACAAGGAGGACACCACCGCUGAAGUGAGCAGCAGCAGCGACGGGAACCUGAUAUUAGAAGAGGAGGAUUGGAACGAUGGAGGAGGGAUCAUCUGCGAGAAAAAGGACGAGGAGCCCAAGGAAGAGUAUACACCUACCCAUAUCUACCCCGAGCCCGUGGAAGAAAAGACCGACCCUGUCGUCGAGCCCUACCAGAUCACCACUACUUCCCCUAAGUCCUCUUCGAGUACCGAAAAGAAAGAGGAAGCGGAGCCGGAGGGGUCGAAACCAAAGGAAGAGGUGACCCAAGAGUGGAUCGAGGCGUUGAUCAGGAAGUCCUUCGAGUUCGGAGAGGGGAAGAAGUUCGUCGAGCAAGCAAAGUUCAUGCAGAAGCUAGGGGAGGUGUUGCAGGCGAAGAAGCUGAAGAAGAUCAAGAAGAUCAUCGAAUCCGAGUCGGAGAGCAGCAGCUCGGAAAAGGAGGGCACGCUGGAGACGAAGAAGCCGCGGGUCAGGAAGAAGCGACGAGUGAUCGUCUCCGAUAGCUCGGACGACGAGUCCUUGGCUGAAAGGCUGGGGAUACUGAGCACCGGAAGCAAGCGAACGAACGAGUCUGUUGAGGAUAAAACGCCUAGGGUAGCUAAAAGUAGCGAGGAGCUCGACUCCGCCGAUGUCGACUCGUCUAAGAAGAAUGUUCUCGAAGAAGACGUUCAGAUGGCGCCACCCAGUACCGGGGUACCCAAUACCGGGGUACCCAGUACCGGGGUACCGAGUACCGGGGUUCGAGAGGACCCAAAAAGCGAGGAGCUCAACCCAGAAGAGAAGCCAGAAAUAGUGGCGCCGGACGGUCAGGAAGAUUCCAGGAACGACGAGUCGGCAGAAGACAAGGACAACGCUAACAAGACCCCUAAAGCGAAAGCUAAGAGAAGGAACUCCUUGGAGAUGCUCCAGGAGGACAUACGGGAGAUGUUCAUCAGCAACGACGUCGUGUCCGCGACCGGGCAUCGACAGUGCCGCGCUCAGAAGGAGGGUCAACAAAGCUCUACUCUUCCCAUCCAAACCACUACCUCUAAAAAGGAGGAGCCAGGCAAGCGUUGCCCCGAGGCUACCUCCGACACCGACGAGCCUUGCCAUCCAACCCAGCUAACCUCCAAGUCGAAAAAGCCCCCAAAGUCUCGUCCUGAAGAGCAAGUCUCGUCUAGCAAGAAGAGCAAGUCCAAGAAGGAGGCCCAACGAGUGACUCGUCAACGCACGAAGCAGGUCGAUCAGAGCUCCGACAGCGAGGAGGACCAACCUCUGGCGUUGAGAACGGAACUGGCUCAGAGGUGCAACCCGGUGGACGAUCAAGACGCGAGCCUGGACGAGCCGGAGAGGAGGAGGCGAAGCAAACGCAUCAUCAACAAGGAAACCAUCAAGGAGCCGCGCGUGUUGGUCGAGAAGGCGGACAUCUCUAAAUUCGAAUGCUCCAAGGUCAUGUUCGAUAGCUCCUCUGAUGAAAGCUUCGGCAUCGACGUGUCCGAGCUGGCGGCGGCCGUGGACGUCUCCCUCCGGCCUGACAAAUCGGAACCGGAAACGUCCGAGCCAGCGGAAAAGAAAAAGGCGAGUUCUCCUAAAAAAGGCAAGAAGAAGCCCGGGGUCGAGUUGAACGAGAUCAAAGGCGAGGAACUCAUCUUAACGGACGAGGAAAGCGUGAUGUCCAGUGUUUCCAUGACCAGCAGCGUCGCCUCCGCCAGGAAGGCAGCGCCCCUGGCGGUGAAAGCGGAUAUCGGCAGCAACGAGGAGCUCCUCAGCAAUAUCUUAGUUGGCUUAACGGCAUCCAAGUCCGAGGCCAUCAAGCAGGAAGCCUUACCGGACAAAGGAAGCGACGCGGAUAUCGAUGAAGACGUUGUCAAUGAUCACUCUACCGAAACGAGCGCCAAGAAGUCCCUGGGGAAGAAGAAGAAGAAGAAGUGGCAAAUGGGGAUUCUGUCUAAGAAGAAGAAGAAGAAAAGCGCAGCAAUGUCCAAGGACGACUCCGAUGCAAAGAAUGCCGAAGGGAAGUCUCUGGUUGACGAGGACAAAGACGAAGAGAACAGCUUGUACAACACCACCAACGAGAGUAUCACGGAGCACGAUGAUCAAAUGUCCCAACAGAAAAAACAUGAAAUUACCCAUGAAAAGGAGAAUGCUUCCACUGUGAAAGGUACCAAAGACUCCGGUAAGGAGUCGCUAUUAAAAGAAGACGACAGUGCUACCCUCAAUGAAACAUUAAAGAACGUUAAGAGUAAAACAAAAGUAAGUAAAUCUUUCUACGACCUGGACAUAGACAGCCUCGUCGACUACGCGUGGACAGGCCAGGAGAGGUACAAGUGCCUCCUCUGUACCUUCACCGGUAAGAACAUCGUCCACCAUUACAAAAUGAGCCACUCCGGCAGGGAGAUCCUUAUCUCCAGGCUGAACCCAGCGGACGCCCAACUGGCGAUCCGGGACGCCAAGAUGAACGACGCGGAGAACACAUCCCCGGAACCUUCGACAGAAGAGACGUGCAAGUUCACUUGCAGAAUCUGCACGUUCAUCACAGAGGGCGCUGCUAAGGUCGCCGUUGAGGCGUUUUAUGAACACUGGACAACCCACACCGGGGAGUACAGGUUUCGCUGCAACGGUUGCCUUUAUCACGCUGUGGCCAAGUCCUCCAUGAAAACUCAUUACUAUAAAGUUUGUCGUAAAUACAAGGACACCUUCAGCGAGGCCAUAACCGAAGAUGAGAUUCCGGACGAAAACUGCGUUUACGGUUACUUGUGCUUCAGCUGCAACUAUAUACAGCUGAAGAGGUCGAAUUUAGAGGAGCAUGUUGCACUGUGGCACAAGGACGACUCCAAGGCUGAGAUUAUUAAGAUAAACAUGUCCCGUAACGAGGUCAAAAGCGAACCUGUUAGCAUCUCGGUUGGAGGGACCGUGAAGGUGGAGGUUCCUCAGGUGGAAACGGACAACCUCGAUGAACCUGUAAACGACACUGCAGGUUCGCAGAAAGACGAAGGCGUGACAGGGAUAGAAUUCAUCAAGAAUACCGAACCUAUGGACGUAGAUGAGGGGAAAGGAAAAGAUGUCGAGUCCAAGGAGAAUUCCCUAUCGGAGGAUAGCAGCAGGAAGGAUGAUAGCGCAGAGAUGGAACUUGAAGGUACCAAGAAGAAGAAGACGACAGAAGGGGAAGGGGACUCGAGUCUUCCAACAGGAAACCUGAGCGUCUUUGUUUGUCCCCCAGAAUUAGAGAAAAAGGAGGUGGAGAUACAGCUGGAACGCAAGAGGAAGAUGCAAGAGGUAGUUCAGAACAUCGGCAUCAAGAUCAAGAAGGACGCAGCCAAGAAAGGUCUUUCCAUCAUAGACAAGCUGAAAGACAAGAUGAAGACGAAUGUAGAGGGCGACGAGAACAACUAUGACGCGACUCCAAAGUCUCCCAGUCUUACACCGUCUCGAAGCACUGAAUUAUCUUGCAGUACCCCUUUACCUACUGCCGAAGUCUUCGAUGCGAUCCUCCCCGUGCUCCAAGAGACCCUUGAUGAUAAACUGUCCGAGAGUUGUACCACAAAUUGCGAUCCCUUGUUCACGACCGAAGCAGAGGACCCUUUGGCCAUAUCGGAUCAGAAGAAGAACGAUGAAAGCGAGGGAGAGACCAGCGAUAACGAGAACGCGAGGAGCUCGACUCGCAUUUACGAGUCUGAUUCGAGUAGCGAGCAGUCCGAUGCAGAACUGUCCACAGAUGUGAACAUGAUCUUGAAGGAGACUUCUACCAUCAAUGCGUCCUCCAAGGAUCCAAUGAUGACUACUAUACAGAGGCUCGCUGCCCAGCUUCAAGCUACCAAGCCAAUCGAAUCUGCUGAUGACAGUUCCGUUAAGUCUGGAGAAGCAACCGAGAAGUCAGACACAGAUCUACCAAAACCACCAGACGUGGUGCCCAUAAAUAGCAUCAAGCAGUUCGUUGGGAAAUUGAAUAAAUUUCACGAGAUAGUACCAGAGAAUAACGAUGAUUCCAAUCCACCUAAGAACUUCAUUAGACUGAGACGAUUAAGUGGGGACAUGUUGUCUGUAUCCACGCCACCUCCUACUAUGCAAGAAGAGGAACAGACACCAAGAAAUGACGAACCCAGCAGCCCAACAAAGGUGGAAAGUGCACCAGCAGCGGAUGGAGAAGAAGAGUGUUCGUUCCUGAAGAUUGAGAAUGUCGUUAGCCUCGCGCCAACUGCUGCUAGUGGCACCGAGAGUCCCAUUAUAAACGACAUUAGAAAAGCAGUGGAGACUUCUACCGUGAAAGGCAAAAGCGGCGUGUCUCUCCUGAAGAAAUCCCAUUCCCCGCUUAUUCUAAAACGAUUGAACACCGUGACCAUCGCGCAGCCGUUGCCAAAGAAUAUUCCAAUCCAAUCCAAGACGAUCCAAUCGAGUCCGCCAGAGAUGGUGAAGCUGAUCCCGGUGAAAAAUCUCUCCCCUUCUCCGGUUUCCAUGGCUGCCGCGCAGAUCGCCACGAAUUUCAUUCCAAUAGCUCCUAAAUCAAAGAUCAUACAAGUGGACAAUAAGUUAUCAUUCCCAUUGACUGGGAAGACCACAGUGGUGACACCGGUGACCACGCGCACGGUCACCGUGGGAGGAUCGUCGCAACCGCCGAAUUACAAAAUCGUGAAGGUCGUUCGGGGUCCCAUUUUGAAAACAAAAGACAAUCCUAUUAUACCUUCGCUUGCGGCGAUCAAGCUGAAGUCUAUGGACGUUUACAACGCCAUGCUGAAACCUGUUAAACUCACUCACCUGUACAAGUGCAUGGGACGCGACUGUGUGUUCACAACCGAUAUAUUGGAACAGUAUCAUCAGCACUAUAACACGCACGUGGCUUCGAUCAAGCCGUACAAAAAGGGCCCGUUCGAUUUCCAAAAAUGCCCUUACUGUUACAUGUCCUUGAAGAAUUGGACCCAAAUGAAGUCGCACUUGAUGGACAAACAUGCGCACUGUCGUUAUCAGUGCAGCUAUUGUUUUUACAGGGCUAUCUCGAUUUCGUAUGUGCAGAUACAUCAGGCCAUUUCUCACCCUGGUCUUCACGAUAUUUUACUUGGCAAAUUGGUCAAGGAUGUGCCAGCGAAGGAAGAAAUCGAUAAAUCCGAUCUUGUACAACCUUAUAUAUGUCAAUAUGGGGACUGUAAGCAAUUCUUCUACGUGCCUGAGUCUUUCGCUGUACAUUUGAAAUCCAAACAUGGGAAAGUAAUAUCCAGCUUUAAGUGUCACGUGUGCCAUAAUUCUUUUGUAAAUACCGACCAGUUGCUGAUGCACUACAAAGUACAUGGAUUGUACAAGUACCAGUGUCUCUAUUGCUUGAGCGGUACGGAUACCCUAUCCGAAAUGCACAGGCAUUUAAGCGUGUUCCAUUGCAACCGAUUACCUCAAACUCUCGAACGAUCGCUUUCUCUUCAGACGCAACUAAACAAAGAUGUAAUAGACCAGCUGAUUAUAAGGUCGAUGGACGAUAGUUUCAAGAUUACCGACAACGACGUGGUCACCAACGAUGGAAAGACCACCAAAGAUUCGACUCCGAACGAUCCAGAAACAACGUCCCAACAGGGUCAGAAGACGUCCUACUCGCAGUUACCCAAAGACGUCAGCAUGCUGGACAAAGACGAGAACGAAGCAUUGAACAAAUCGUUAUCCAAUUUAUUCGGCAGCAACUCGAGCAGCAGUAGUUCUGCCCAACAGGAAGGCACGCUUUCGAAGAACAGCGACGAAAACAUCACGAGUAAACCGUUAAAAAGGAUCAAAACUGAUCCUGACAGUUCAAUGACGUCAACUUCGAGCAAAGAAUCCACGAAUAAAAAUUUGUCGGAUUUGCAAGACAAGGUGACCAGUUUUCUCUUCGACAAGAAUCCUCUGGAGCCGCUGGAACUUCCAGCGGGGACUUUCGAUUGCAGCGACGAGUUCAUAAACAUCAAUUUACUCGACAAUCCCGACUUUCUGAUGAACGUCAAUAGUCGUUCGAGCAACGUGUCUUUCGUCAGUAACGAGAACGAAAGCAAGGCAGAGGACAGCGAUAUCGAAAUCGUCGACAUCAUCAACUCGUACAGCAGUUCCACGAAAGACGUGAAAAGUAAGAUCGAUGCGACUAAAAAGGAUAGCCUCGAAGAGAAGGAAGAGAAGGUGGAUACUCGUAGCCAGGAGAGCGACACGAAAGAACAGUCUACCAGCGACGUGGAACAUUCGAAUGUAUCCACGGAAGUUAGCGGAACUAGCGGAACUAGUGGAACUAGUGGAACUUUUGCUAGUACUACGAAACCUGAUAAACCUUUGACCCUGGACGAUAUCAAACAUACCGGCUUUCAGGGAACGAAAUUGUACAGAUGCGGCUACGAGACGUGCGACUUUGGCGCGGAGACCCCGUCUCUCUUGAGAUCUCACUCGAGCGUGUGCUCUAUGGGUGGUCCUGACAAACAGAUGAACUGUUCUCACUGUCACAAACGCUUCAUGAAGAUCGGAUUCCUGCUGGAACACUUGAAAGUACACGGACUGAAGCGUUUCGGUUGCGCUCUGUGCAAAGUGAGGCGCACGGUGGGCUAUCAAGUGAUGGCCCACAUGAAGACGAAACAUAAAGUCAACAACUGCAAGUUGGUCCCGGCAGACCCGAAGAAUCCAUCCGUGGACGGGUUGUUCGUCGUUCAGCCUGUUUACCAAAGCGGCGAGCGAAAAGGGAAGAAACGUAAAAGCACCAAGUCCUUUUUCGAAAAGGAAAUGGAGAAAGGAUUAGCAAUGGACACCGAGAAAUUAUCUUUCAGCCCCGACGAAAUAGAGUCGCUGCCCCGACAGGCGAUAUACAAUCGCGAGGUGCAAUGCGCCAUGUGUCCGUACACGACGAAAGUUCGUACGAAUAUUAUAAGACAUUUGCAACUUCACGCGAAGGACGAGAGCGUACCUGAAAGCGGGCCCGUGAAUCCCGUGCCUUGUUUAGACAAGAAGGAACGAAUGUUCGACAAAAUGGUGAACUUGGCGAGCAGUUCCCAUCAGAACGGACGAAUGGGAGGGAAACAGAAGGAAGCUCCUAAAGAUAACGAAGACGAAUUUAUUCCUAAAUUCGUGCCCGAGCACAAAAGAUACGUGUGCGGUGUGGCUGAGUGCAAUUAUUUAACUGUCGACGAAGCAAUGUUAAGGUGUCAUUUAAAAGCUUUGCAUUCCGAAGAACAAUACUUUCGAUGUCCCCACUGUCCACAACCACCGCCGGGUCAAGAAGGAUUAAACAUAGCAAUCGAUAAAAUGGCUGUUCACUUGAAAAUGCACGACACGAGACUGUAUAAAUGUUCUCAUUGCAAUCACCAUCAUUACCAUAGGCACAUUGUGGAAAGGCACUUGACGGACAAGCACCCUGAAAAAAGACCUUUCGUAAAAGUAAUUAGGGAGUUGGAGAACACGGAGAACAAUCAAUCUGUACAAGAAGAAGUCGAGGAAGAGCAACCAGAUCCUGAUGGGAACCAUUGGAAAUGUAACAUUUGCGAAUACAAGUGUGUGUAUAAAGCAGAGAUGGUGACUCACGCUGCGUCUGCUCACGAUGAAAAGAACCAGUUCAAGUGCACCCUGUGCUCUUUCAAAACCAGCGGUAAAAUCAUGUUCGAGCAACACAUUAAUAACAAACAUUCCAAUGAUCCCAGCGUGGAUUUCAUUUUGGUAUAUCAGAGGAUAAAGGGCAUAAAUAAGAGGAACGUAGACAAUAUCGAUCAGAGUGGCCAGGAAGAACCCUUUGACACCACUCCGCUUUGGAGAAGAGACAUGCCUCGAAUCAGGCACAUACGUGGAAUUCUUCUGGAAGAGGAGAACGAAACGUCCUCGGAAUCUCCUUUAAAAGCAACGAAACGGAAGAGCGACGUAGAGUUAUCGACAGUUAAACCGGCCAAGAUAAAACCUGGGAAAUCGGGAUCGUUGGACGACGCGAAACAAACGAAAGAGAAAUAUAAACGGUCGUUGUCUUGCGACAAAGCGUCAGUGGAAUCCGAGAACUCGUGCGAAGCGUCAAACGUUGCUGAUAAAACGAAAGAGACGAAAGUUAAAGUAGACGAAGACAACGACUUCAAUGAUUCCGAUGUCGGUAGGUUCGGUCCGUAUGGAAAGCCUGAGGGUAACAUGUACGUUUGCACUCUGUGUGUUCAAUUUAAAAGCAAAUAUAAACACGACAUGAGAGAUCAUCUUUACAGAGAAUUGAACUACGCGAGGUGGCACUGUAAGGAUUGUGGAUAUCUGUCUGUAAAUAGGAAUGCUUUAUUAAAACACUUUACAAAACAUCACAACGGGGAACGUCCUAACCAUGAACCACUGUCACCAGACGACGACAUUGAACAUUGGGUUGGCACAUUAUUGACGAGGCAAACGCGUAUGAUAAAAGGACUGCCGGCCACAGAAAAGGCGAGUAGCACAGACGUGACUACCACCGCGUCUGGCAACAGUACGAAAACGUCUAUCGGUAAAGCAUAUCAAACCAGUGGUAGAAAAAGAUCGAGGUCCGCGAGCCUCGCCAAUAAGGCUUCCGCUUCGCAAGAUAGUAACAUUCCAAGCUCAGAUUUCGACGUAGACGCUUUAGACGACAGCAGCAAAGAUAACGAAGGGCUCAUGGACAUGGAUGACUUCUCGUUGAAAAAAGAGGAAAGCCCAACCGGGUCUGAGAAACACGAGCGCAAGGAGUCUCGAGAGAAGCCAGUGGUCUGCAAACACUGCAACAUGACCUUCACUCGAUGGCGCGGCUUCAAAUUGCACGUUUUAUUGACUCAUUUGAAGCGACUCGGAUUCAUUUGCCCCUACUGCGAUCGCAGCACGAAUUCCGAAGCGCUGAUGCGUCAGCAUAUUCGAUCCAAGCAUCCUGGCUGCCCCGAGAAGCUCGUCGAGAAUCCAGCCGCUGGUGGGCCGGAAUUGACGGACCAGUUCUGGGAAAAGGAGUAUGGAAUCGUCUUCCCGAGAAGGUCGAAGAAGCGCAAGAGGAAACCGAGCGAAGAGACCACGGACGAGAACGACCAAACCGAGAAGAGAUGCAACAUCUGCGGCUUCGUUGCUCUGAACUUGGCUGGUCUCAAGGGACACAUGAGAGUGCACAGGCCGAAGUCUAAAUUCAAGUGUUUCUCUUGUUCCUUCGUCACGUUCUCCAAGUCGGACUUCUGGUCCCACUGGGAACUGAAUCAUCCCUUCACGCCCUUCAAGCUCGACGAAGCGUUGCUGCCAGACUCGUCCAACGAAUCUGGUACCACGCAGUCCACCAAGAAGAACAUGGACGACGAUUACAGCGACGACAUAGAGGAAGAACAGGUUUCCGAUUCGAAGGACGAUCAGUUACUUUACAGUUGCUUCUACUGUUCGUUCAACAACAAGUCCUUGGACGUGAUUCAAGAUCACUGGAACACGGUGCACAAGGACUCGAAAUCGUCCAGCGAUGCUUCCAAAGCGAAAUCGAACUAUCCCUUUAGAUACAAGGAGGUGCACCUAACGGAGGACUCGUCCAAAGCUCAGUGCUCUAAAACAGAAAUAGAGACUCCGUACGAACUGUAUUUGCAGCAGUCUAACAGCGAUCUGCAAGUGACAGACAUAUCUGGUGUUACGCAGGAGGGUUGGAUCUGCCAGUGGUGCAACGAACUGUGCGACUCAGAGGUCAAAAUGAAGAACCAUCACAGCAUGUUCCACUCCCAUCUGCCAUUGAACUUCAAGAAAGAAGAGAAGAACAAAGUGCCUAAGGGAUACGUCUGUCCCGAGUGCUCCUUCACAACGACUUUCAUUAAUGUUAUGAAGAAUCACGUGUCGAGACACAUAAAUCUGUUCAAGUGUAAAUAUUGCGACAAAACCUUUGGUUCUCCGGCGCUGGUGUCCACGCACAACGUCGAAGUGCAUCCCAAGAUGGAAUUGAGGAUAGAAAGUAUACACAAUUACGAAGCGUUGCUGGAAAGCAUCAUGACUAAAGUGAAAUGGCAGAAAUCCGACAUGGAUCCCAGCGACGUCGAUCAGAAAGACGUCUUAGCGGAGUCCCUGAAGAACCACGCGGUGGCGAAAAAGUCUACGGCCAAGUCCACCGUUCGACCAAGUCAGGUUUCUGUUAAGGUGAAAGCAGUGGCUCGUAAGAGUACGAAUCCAUAUUCGAGGCAUCUUUCACAGUCUAAGAUUAACGAACAAGCGUCGUCGACAAAUAGCAAGCAGUUCUCGUAUUAUAGGAUUCCUAGGGCUCCCGUUAAUCUGGGAAAGUUGAACACUUACAUGGUGGUCGGUGGGCAUAGGAUGAAGGUGAAUUGCACCACCCUAGCACGGUUGAUAAAUAUCGAACCUAAAGUAAUGUUGAGGGACUUGAAGUAUAUCGACGAUAUCGCGAAACUUAAGUCGAAAUAAUUAGUGAAGAUUAGGAGACGGAGUUGUUUCUUUCGUAAGGAAUGUAUCACUCGACAUGGAAAUUUGUAUGAAAUUCACUGAGCAGAUGAAGCAUCGAAUAACGUUUAAUAUGUAUUUCUUUUUCGUCAGCUGUUAUUUAGUUUCAAGGUGUGAAACCUACUCUCAAUCGGAUAACCUUAAUUAGAUUCCUUGGAUGAUGGAUAUAGAAAAAGAAAGAACAAUUUAAUCAUUCAUUUGAAACAUUUUGUUAACUAGGUUGCGAGAACUUAUUUUCCAUUACAAAUUACAUCACCUUUUGUAGAUUAAUUCGCAAAGUAUGUUUGUUUAUCGACUUCAUCUGUUGUUUAAGUUGAUCUUAAGCAAACUUUGAGGGUACCUUUCGCCUCUUGAAUAGUAGCAGAUAAAAAUAAUACGUGCCUAUUAUUUUUCAAUGCUUUGUCUGUACGCAGUGUUUCAUCAAGAUCGAUGUGUUGUUCCUUGGUAGCAUUACAAGCACCGAUAAACGCUUUACGUUUCAAUUAGGAUUUCAUUUAACAUCACAAUUAUUUAUUGUAUGACCAUUACCAAUAUAAUGCUUAAUGAAGUAAUUAGGUAUAACCAAAGUAAGACGCGGUAUCAUAUUAUGCUUUCUUUACAAAGUUAUACUCGAACACCUGAACUUUUAUCAAAUUUAUAAUUUGAUUGUUGUAAAAACAUACGUAAGGAGACGGUCACGAUCAUAUUCCAUAAUUUAACGAUUCUCGUAUAUUUUUCUUUAGCGAAAAUUUUGAAAUCGAUUACAUUUGAAAUCAAAACAGUACUCGUAUCAUGGACAUUGUAAAUAUUUUUGAAGGCAGUGAUAUCCUCUAGUUAGAUGAAUCGCAAAGGGAAAUGUUAAAUUUAUUUAUUUUGGAAUAUGUAAAAUUUCAGGGUGUAUAGAUCGUACCUUUUUGUUUCACGAUUAAUGACACGUAGAUAGUAUUCUUUUCGAGCAAGUACUUACGCAUAAUGUCGAAAAGAAGGGACAAGUUUCAGCAACUUUGGUUAUACGUUAAAUCAUGUAACGAGCUACUUACGUUAACUGAGAAGUGAUUGAUACCAAACACGUAUCGUAAAGGAUACAAAUUUUGUAAGAAUAACGUGCGCGUACGUCUGUGAUUUAAAUGUAAAGUUCUUUACUUAUCGAUGCUAAAUAAUUAUUAGCAAUUAUAAUAAUAUAGCUAGGAUUCGCGAGAAUAGUAUAAUUCGUAACGUUAAUAAUAAUAUUCACAAAUGUUUCCAUUGCGUAAAAUUGAUAGUGCUUCGAACGGCGUAAUUACGAGCAUCGAUAAACCUGAAAAAUCGUACGUUAAAACUUGCAUCGUACACGUAGCAUAUAAAUCUUUAUUUACAACCGCAUAAUUUCUAUCCGACGUUCUUAAAUUGAUUCUUUAAUAUCGAGUAUGACACGUUGAACAGGAAAAAGAUUUGUAUGAAAGAAAAAAAAGAAAAAGAACAAGACUGAAGUGCAUCAUGUAAGUUAUAAUAGGCAAAUAUUUAGUUCGUAGACAAUUGUAAAUAUCGUGUAACAUAAAAUUUCACAUAAAUAUUUUUGAUUUUUAUAAGAAAAUCGA